AUGGCAAUCGUCCCUAGUGCCCCGUCGUCCCACCAGGCUGCUGUCUACGACAAACCUGGUGAACUUAGCACCAAGGUGGUAGACAUUGAGACUCCCAGCCCAUCCGCAGGAGAGGUGUUGGUGAAGCUCUCUCAUUCCGGCGUCUGCCACUCAGACCUUUCCAUCAUGAAGAACUCUUGGGGAAUGCCCUUUUCGCUUCCUGCCACUCAGGUUGGCGGUCAUGAAGGUGUUGGAACAGUUGUUCAGGUUGGAGAGGGUGCAGAUAUACACGGCUUCGCAGUUGGAGAUCGAGUUGGAGUCAAAUGGCUGAGAGAUAUCUGCGGUAGCUGUGUCUACUGCAUCGCUGGAGAGGACGGUCUCUGUGCCAAACAGUCUGUAUCCGGCAUGUUCAACCCAGGGACAUUCCAGCAAUACCUCACUGUGCCAGCUCGAUACCUGACACCUAUUCCUGACGGCGUGAGCUCCGAAGUAGCCGCACCGAUGCUAUGCGCAGGUCUGACAUCGUACGCAGCCUUAAGUAAGGUGAGUGCCAGUCCAGGCGAUUGGGUUGUUGUGUCAGGCGCCGGAGGUGGUUUGGGGCAUCUCGUCACGCAGAUAGCAGCCAAAGCCUUCGGAUAUCGCGUUGUUGGCAUCGAUCAAGCAGGCAAGGAAGAUGUGGUGAAGGAGAGUGGUGCUGAGAUAUUCAUCGAUGCUACGACGCCCGGCGAGGAGUUGGUCUCCAACGUCAAGAAGAUCACAGAUAAUCUCGGCGCCAAUGCAGUAGUUGUAUGUGCGUCAAGCAAUGCAGCAUACUCUCAAGGCCUAGAAUUGUUGAGACCCGGUGGAACGUUAGUCGGUGUUGGAAUGCCUGGGGGAAAGCCUGUUGCGAUCGCAAGCGCAAUGCCUGGGCCGAUUGUUCAGAAGCAGCUGAAGAUUGUUGGGUCGAUAUUGGGCAAUCGUCAGGAUGCAGUCGAUGUGCUGAAUCUGGCGGCCAGAGGUGUUAUUACGGUGCAUUAUCAGACAAGGCAGCUGAGCGAGCUGACGGACGUCUUUAGGGAGAUGGAAAGUGGGAGUUUGGCGGGAAGGGCUGUUUUGGAUCUGCAGAGCUAA